UCCUUCAAUAAUAGCCCAACACACCCACCCCACGUCUCCUCAUCAGCCUUAUCUGCACACUUAUCUAAUCACCCUAAGCUCCAGGUGUUCAAAGGAUGUGGGUCUACCCCAGUCUUACCCAAUCCUCCUCCUCCUCUCACAACUGGUUUCGCAUAUAAUUCCCUCAUAAUUUCGCUGUGAGGUGCAGGCCGGGCGAGGCAGGGCGAGGCAGGACAGCACCCGAGGCAGGCCGGGUGACCCAUGUGAGGGCGGCAGCUCCCUGUGGCCGCGCUGAUGCAUUGGUCUGGACACGCCACCUCUCACUCUGCAUGUGAUGGAUAAACUACCUCAGUUCCUACCAGACCUGGAGGCACCGCGGUCACUGGUGAGUCGGCCAGCUGUGCUGGGCGUGGCUGCCGGCUUCCUGGUGCCCGUACUCAUCCCAUUCUUCCACCUGGGCAUCAUUUCACACCUCUGGGAUGAGUUCAACUACAAGGUGGACACUCAUGGCUGCUCCUGCUCCUGCUGGGACACUGUUUUCAAAGGCAUUUAUGAGCGAGGGCCAGCUGGGUACAAGCAUGUUUACUUCAACGUGACCCCAAACACUCUCAAGAUCUGGGUGGUGACAGUGCUGGUGGUGCUGCUGAGCUACGAGGCAGUCAAAAGGGUGGUGAGGCUGUACCUGUGUCGGGAGGCACGUCUCUCCAUGGCGGUGCUGUUUGUGAGCAGUGUGUACCCUCACUACUACUCCUGGUGGUCUUACUUCAACUAUUGGAAUGAUGAUUUUUAUAGCCAGUGGAACCAUCAGCUCUUCUUCUCCCUCACGGAGCUUGCCUCCACCCUGGCUGUCGUCCUGCUGGUGGAUAAGAAUGUAAGUGUGACGCCGAGCCGUGCUCUCAUCAUCAUCGACAUCGCAGUCCUGCACAUCGUCACCUCAGGGUUCGACCAGUUUGUCAGCAAUGUGGUGCAGGGCAAUGGGAGGCUUCACCAGGUUCUCCGCGACGUGUUCUUCAUGGUGCCAGACUUGCUACAUGUGUCCCUGCCGAUGGUGGAGCUGAAGCGGCUAGCACUGUCUCGGAACCUGCCCACCACUCACCUCAUCUCUAACAAGGAGUUCUUCUCUUCUGUGGCUUUUGUGGCAGGUGGCUGGGUCCUCUGCAUGAUGCUGUAGCGGCCAGGCUGGGAGAAAGGUACAAGUUUGGUGGGUUAAUAUAUCUCAGUUUAAGGGUUUGGGAAAGUACUUAUUUACUUGAUAUUUUGUUAGUGUUGAUAGAAACUGCUGUGAGAAAAGUACUGGUUUGAUGGCUUAGUGUCUCAGUACUAAGGUCAUUUUGGGUUCACUGUGUUUUGGGAAGUGCUCAUUCACUUCACAUUUCCCUAGAGUGUUGAUAGGAACUGCUGGAAGGAAAGUACUGAUUUCAUGUGUUAAUGUGUCAAUAUAAGGGUCAUUUUAGGUUCAUGUGGCAGCUAGGGAGUGAAUAAUAGUACCCAUUAACUCAGUAUUUUCCUACUGUUGAUAGAAGGCUGCUAGAAAAAAAGGUACCGGUUUAGUGUAUUAACAUGCUACGAUGCUAUGGAGUUUUUGGGGUUCAUUGCCUAACUGGUGAAUUAAAUAAUUGCAUACAUUUGGAAAAUUACCCAUUCACUUGAUGUUUUCUUAGCGUUAUACAUGCCUGCUAGGGGAAAAGUACUGAUUUGAUGUGUUAAUUUGUCAAUAUAGGAGUUAUUUUAGGUUCAUUUGGCAGCUGGUGAGUGAAUAAUAGCAUACGUUUGGAAAAAUACCCAUUCACUUGUUGUUUUCCCCACAGCAAUGAGUCAGGUGCUGGAGCUUGAGGCAGUGAGAGAUUAGAAAUAUACCCAGAACUGAAAAUGUUUAUAUAGAAAAGCUUAAGUCAGUCAGUAAAGGCCUUGAAAUGCAUUUAGUACUGAAAACAUUGAUAUAGAAAACUUGAUUGAGUCAGUGAUAGAAAUGCACUGAAUACUGAAAACAUUAUGCAUAGAGAAGCUUGGAUAAGUCAGUAAAGAGCUUGAAAUAUGUUUAGUACUGAAGAAUAUUGGUAUAGAGAAGCUUGAAAGUACUGAAGCCAUAGAUUUAUAAAGAAGCUUGAGUGAGGCAGUGAUAGGUUAGAAAUGUGUUUAGUAUUGGCAACACUGAUACAUAGAAAAGCUUGAGUAAGUCUGUGAAAGCCUUGAAACUAACCUAGCACUUGAAAACACUGAUAUAUAGAAAAGCUUUGAAACUAACCUAGCAUCUGAAAACACUGAUACAUAUACUGAAGUUUAAAGGGUUUGUAAUGCAUGUACAGAAAAGCUUGAUUAAGUCAGUGAAAGUUUUUGAAACUGACUUAAGAUAUACAGAAGCUUGAGUGAGUAAAGGAUUUGUAAUGCAUCAGUGUAAUGUUGAGUAUUGAUUUUAUACUUACACUCUUCUCUGGAUGAAACACAGUCUUGCUUCCUGUGCCUCUUCUGUGAGUAUGGAGGAUGAUGCUUAGUUUGGCAAGUGUGUCUUAGUUUGGCCAGUGCUGUCUUAGUUUGUCAAGUGCUGUGUCGUCUCUGUCAGGCUGCUGUGGCAUCUGACAAUGCAAGUUCCUCAUGGUUCUCUUACACAGCAAAUAAAAUCACCCAGCAGACAGGCAAGGCAUCCCACAAGUGCAUCUGUUGCUCGUGUUUAAGUUUCUCCCAUGAAUGAUGAACGUAUUCCAUGACAUUUUCAUGUUGGUCACCAGAUUUGUGGCUCAUGUGGCCUCCCUUACUUUUUCUCAUUUUCUUGCGCCAAGAGCAGGUUUAUGAGGGCUCAAAGUCACUGGCUGUGGAAUGUCUGGCUUGGAAUUGGAUGCAGGAGAAAGAAAAUUGCAUGUCUUACAGUCACAACAGUCACAGAGACACUGGUCGUGGGAAAUUUGGCUCAGAAUCAGACACAGAAGAAGAAAAAUUAUGUCUUGCCAUUACGACAGUCACAGAGACACUGAGUAAGGGUGCAGUAGUCGUGUGAAGGCUUAGGACUCACCCUGAUAAAAAAUCACCUUACAAACUUCAAAAUGAGAGCGGGGAAAAUGCGACCAGAAAAACCUGUUACCCUCCCUUUAUCAUGGAACUGGAGAAACCUAUUACCUGCCCUUUAAAGGAUAAUAGAGGUGUUGUCUUGCCCACCCAUCACUGCUGCACCUAACCUAAAGACCAGACUCCACAAAAAUUCUUUAGCGUUUAUACUUUUCACGAGUGACUGAAGCACUUGGGACGACUUGCGGAGAGUGCUUGGUUUUACUUUACGCAUUCUCCACCUUCUUCUUUCAAUGGCACGGUACAAGAUGCUGUGUCUCGCGUCCAGAGGAAAUAUAUCCGUCCAAGACUCAUGACCAAUGCGCCCCAAACACAAACGCUCCCUUCAACCCUCAGCUGCAAACACACAUCAAUCUUGCAAACUUGUGUGUGUGUGUGUGUGUGUGUGUGUGUUGGUUAGUGAUGGUGUGUCCUUGCCUAGUGUGUGUGUGUGUGUGUGUAUUGCAGAUCUAUUGAACCUUUGUCAUGUACUAAAGGUUCUGCAAAGUUUUUUUGUUUUUAUGUGGUUCCUGAGUCCUGUGCAUUCAAUAAUAUGUGAUUUUUUGCUAUAAAUUGAUACUGUUUCAUUAGAUAUUGAUUGGAAUUUAUUUUGUAGGGGAGACAGCCUUGGUAUAUGUAUGUAUGUACCUGUGUAUGUAUGUUAGAUCUUAUUGUGUUCUAUAUUUGUGUGAGGUUGAGUUUUGCUUUGCACAUAUCAGUAGUGUUCUUCAGGUUGACUCAAGAGUGUAUCAGCGAGUGUGAAGAUAACACUCAGUAGGCCACGUUAGGUUAGGUCAGGUUAGGUCCGAGUCAGCACACAUUUCUUUUAAUAGAGCUUAUCAACACAACACUCAGUAGAUCAAGAUAAUUCGGGUUAGGUUAGGUUUGAGUUAAGACACAUUAUUUUGAAGAGCUUAUCAGCGCUAACACAGAAGACUGAAUAGAUCAAGAUAAUUCAGGUUAGGUCAGGUUUGAAUUAACACACAUUACUUGUAACAGAAUGCUCAAUUGAUCAAGUUAAUUCAAGUUAGGUUAGAUUAGGUUAGGUUUGUUUUAAGCUAUCAUAAAUUACUUUAAACACAGCUUAUCAACACAUAACACUCAAUAUAUCAUGAUAAUUCAGGUUAAGUUUGAAUAAGCACACUACUUUUAAUAAAAGACUUAUAAGAUCAAGUUAAUUUAGGUUAGGUUAGGUUUGAGUCAGUGCACAUUACGUUAAACACAGCUUAUCAACACAGAACACUCAAUCGAUCAAGUUUAUUCAGGUAAGGUUAGGUUUGAGGGUUGAAUUAGCACACCACUUUUAACAGAACACUCAUAAGAUCAAGUUAACUUAGGUUAUGUUAGGUUCAAGUCAGUACACAUUACAUAAAACACAGCUUAUCAACACAACACUCAAUAGAUCAAGUUAACUUAGGUUUGGUUAGGUUUGAGUCAGCACAUAUUACAUAAAACACAGCUUAUCAACACAACACUCAAUAGACCAAGUUAACUUAGGUUUGGUUAGGUUUGAGUCAGCACACGUUACGUAAAACACACCUUAUUAACACGGGACACUCAAUAGAUCAAGUCAAUUUAGGUUAGGUUCGAGUCAGCACACAUUACGUUGAACACAGCUUAUCACCACAGAACACUCAAUAGAUCAAGUUUAUUCAGGUUAGGUUAGGUUUAAGUCCACACACAAUACUUUUACCAGAGCUUACUAACAUGGAUCAAGGGAUGAGUGUGGGUCAGCGUCAGGUAACUGAUGAGUCUCACAGGCACAGGUAUUGCUUCUUGGAAAUCUCACCUGCAUCUCAACAAGAAAUCUCAAAAGAAAUAGGAGUGUUGUGUUUUCAAAUGUAUUGUAAGAAGGUGUCUGGAAAUAUAGGAGUCUUGUUUUAAGUGUUACAUUCUUAAUUGUACCACAAGAAAGUGAAUAAAAUUAAAUAGUCUUGUUUUGAGUGUCAUGUUCUCAGUUGCAUCUCAAGAAAGCAGCUAAAAUAAAUUAUGUCUCGUUUUUAAGUGUUACAUCUUCAGCUGCAUGCCAAGGAAGUGUCAAAAUUAAAUGUAAGUCUUUGUUUGGAAUGUCAUGUUCUCAAUUGCAUCUCAAGAAAGAAUGUAAAAUUAAAUCGUCUUGUUUUUAAAUGUUAUAUUCUUACUUGUAUCUCAAGAAAUGGUUCAAGAUCAAAUAGUUGGCCUGUGAUGGUAAUUUGAUAAUGUCAAGUAAUUUAUUCAGAUCAUUUCUCCCUCGGGUUGUAUGUAAAAUAUGGUGUUUUUUUGUGUAAUUUAUGUAUUUUCGUCAUUGUUUUUUAAUAUUCCUGGUGAAACAUUAAUUAAUUGUAUUACUGUUUCCCCUCAGCUUGUGUGUAAAUUUUGGUGUAUUUUCAUGUAAUUUACUUGUCUUAAUUGGUUUUGUGUAAUUACCAGUGCAAUGUUAAUUAAUUGUAUGAAAGUGAUGAUUUCUUGGUGUUUCCCCUUAUCUUGUAUGUCAAUUCUGGUGUAUUUUCAUGCAAUUAACUUGUCUUGAUCAGUUUUUUUGCAUAAUCAUUACUGGUUCACGGUCGAUUAAUUGUGUGAAGAUCAUUUUUUUUUCUUGUUUGUUAUUGGAUUUGUAUUGAUAAGCAAUUUCUCAGGACCAAGAGUAUUAUGAAUAAUGAAAUUUUUGUGUGAGGGAAAACUAGAUACUGGAGAACAUAUUAGAUUCAUGUGUGUGUGUGUGUGUGUGUGUGUGUGUGUGUGUGUGUGUGUGUGUGUGUAAUAUAUUAAACACAGCACAAAAAGGAAAAAAAGACUAAUGAAGAGAAGACAAUACAAAUACUGUAAAGAAUUGGCACAUUGGUAACUCAUCUCUCUCUCUCUCUCUCUCUCUCUCUCUCUCUCUCUCUCUCUCUCUCUCUCUCUCUCUCUCUCUCUCUCUCUCUCUCCUCUCCUCUCCUCUCCUCUCCUCUCCUCUCCUCUCCUCUCCUCUCCUCUCCUCUCCUCUCCUCUCUCUCUCUCUCUCUCUCUCUCUCUCUCUCUCUCUCUCUCUCUCUCUCUCUCUCUCUCUCUCUCUCUCUCUCUCUCUCUCUCUCAUAACUUUAUACCAACCAACACAAGCACAUAAAUAUAUCAAACACAAAGCACAAAAAGAAAAAAUGCUUGAUGUUUGUUUUUAAUGAGGAGAAAAAAAUGAAAAAAUUGUGCAUAAACUUAUAUAUAUUUUUUUGUAUCUAACUUCUUUGUGAUCUUAAAUGAGCUGAGUGUCGCAUUUAUCAAUCUGUGUUUCCCUACUGAAUGUGUAUGCAAUGUUAAUCCUUCCUCUACACAGCUGUACCAUUCCAGUGUGUUUUUUAUUAGUGUGUGAGCUUGAGAGAUUCUCCAUUGGUGCUCUGUACAGCUGUAAUGAGUGUAGCAUAUAGGGGGUGAAAGAGUGGAAGAUAUUGGUUAACUCUUGCAUAAGAUAAAGGGGCAGAAUAGGGGUGAAAGAUUGAGAAUACUAGUUAACUCUUGCUUUAGGGAGGUGGACAGGACAAGGGUGUUCUUUCCAACUGCAAUGUGUUUUGUGUAUAGGGAUGAAAGAAUGGAAGGUACUGGUUAACUCUUGCAUUAGUGAGGUGGACAGAGCACAGUUUACCAGUGAAAGGGAUGAGAACAUGGAAGAUACUAGUUAACUUUUGCAUUAGUGAGGUGGACAGGGCAGAGUUUACCAGCAAAAAGGAUGAGAGAGUGGAAGAUAUUGUUUAACUCUUGCAAUAGGGAGGUGGGCAGAACAGAGGUGAGAGUUGGAAGUUUUGUAAAGGGAGAGAGAGAGAGGUAUGCAGUUAGGAAGUUGAGACGAGUGUUGACUAUGUAUAUCACUAUGUAUAUGCUUUGUGUUAUGUGUUUAUAUACCAGGAUGAUGUGACGAGGGUAGCCAGGCAGGGUACACACACACACACACACACACACACACACACACACACACACACACACACACACACACACACACACACACACACACACACACACACACACUACACAUAUAACUUCAAUUAUUUGCAUCUAAGUGUACUGUAACUCAAUAUAUAUCAUGUGUAAACUGUACUGGACAAUAAGUGUGAUAUUUUAAAGGAUUGUUGUGACUCGAGUGUGUGUGUGUGUGUGUGUGUGUGUGUGUGUGUGUGUGUGUGUGUGUGUGUGUGUGUGUGUGUGUGUGUGUGUGUGUGGUUAUCAUUUUCCGAAGUGUUUGGUGUGUUUCAAAGAUGUUUCCUUCCUUUGACUCAAUCUCAUCAAGAGGAUUGUGUUGUUUCUCCCAUAAGUAACAUGAGUGUGUACAUCUUAAGGGUACUUCCUCCACGGGCAGAGUAGUGGCUCCCAGAUUAAGUUAGAUUGGGUUAGAUUAGAUUAGAUUGGGUUGGGUUUUGGGUUAGGUUAGGUUACGUUAGAUUGGAUUAGAUUAGAUUAGAUUGGGUUAAGUUAGGUUAGUUUAUGUCAGGUUAGGUUGUUAGAUUAGAUUGAAUUAGGUUAGAUCAGGUUUCAUUAGCUAUUAGGUUAUGAUAGUUUAGGUUAGCUCAGGUUAGGUUAGGUUAGGUUAGGUUAUGAUAGUUUAGUUUAGGUUAGCUCAGGUUAGGUUAGGUUAGGUUAGGUUAUGAUAUGAUAGUUUAGUUUAGGUUAGCUCAGGUUAGGUUAGGUUAGGUUGGAGGAUGUAUUGUUAAGAAUUGCCCAUGAGUGUUAUGGUUUUGCAGUGUUGUGCUUCAGCAGGUGUUUCUGUACCUCUGUAUUUGUGAUGUUCUCAAGAUCAAUUCCUGCCUUUGAACUGUACCUGUUAUACUGCAGAGUUUGUAUUAUUGAUGCUGUUAUUGUCACCAUUAUGUACUCCUCUUAUGUACUACCAAGAUAAAUUCAUACUCUCAUUAUCAGCAUAGUACUUAUUAUUUUAUUUGUUUAUUUAUUUACUUAUUUAUUUUAUUUUUAUUUACUGUUUUUUUAUUAUUUAUUUGUUUAUUUAUUUAUUUAUUUUGUAUAUGAGGUAAAAGGUUUGUUAAUGUUCUGUUUGUUAUUCAGAUUUAAUUUCACACUCUCAAUUUCCAUGCCACAUUUCCACUACUUUCAAAAGAGCCCAGUUGAAGUUACUGGAAUUCUCAAGGAUGCUUUUUAUGGUUCUAGUGACAGUUUAACAAGAUUUCUACACAAUUAAAAGAAGAAACAGUCUUGAGAACCCAGCUAAUCAUCUCUGUGGCCUUUGAAAAUAGUCAUGGUGAGAGAGCGAAGCGUUUCUGAAUACCGCCCUUAGUUGUGGUGGCAUUUUGUUUUGUGAGAGAGAAUGUUAAUGUUCUGUCUUGCUCUUCACCCUCUGAGUUUUAGGCUGGCAAUGUUUUAGUUAUAUGAGAGUUGGUAUGUUAAUGUUUUAUGUGGUAUUCUGAUACAUAAGAGAUCUGUUUUACUCUCAGUUUUGUGUUGGUAAUGGUUUUGUUCAUUGAGGUUUUAUAGUAAGUUAUAAUACCUCUGUGGUUUUGUUAUAUGGUAGUUGGUUUGUUAAUUUCCUGCAUGUUAUUCUGAUACAUAGAGAUCUGUUUUAUCCUCAUCUGUAAGUUACUUUUUUUUUUUUUUUUUUAAUGAGAGAGGAAACGUUAUGUUUUUGUGUAUUUGUUUGAUGGACGAAAAUUAAUUUUAUUCUCUUAUUUUAAAGUCGGUGAUGGGUUUGUGUAAUUUAUAUGAGAGAAAAGAGGUUUGUUGAUGUUUUGUGUGUCUUAUUUUGCUGCAUGAGGAUACAAAUAAUUCUCUCAUUUUUAAUUUGAUGAUUGAAUUUCACUCUCUCAUUUUUAAAGUUGCUGGUGACUUUGUAUUAUUUGAGAAAAGAGGUGUGCUAAUAUUCGCUGUGUGAUUUUAAUGCAUGGACAUCAAUUCAUUUCUCACAUUUUAAGGUUGGUAAUGGUUUUCUGAUAUUUAUGUGAAAGAAGAGAUGUUUGGUAAUGUUCUAUGUAUUAUUCUGAUUCAUGAAGAUCUAUUCUACUUUCACUUUUAAAUUGGUAAUGGUUUUUCUGAUAUUUACAUGAUAGAAGAGAGGUUUGGUAAUGUUCUGUGUAUUAUUCUGAUUCAUGAAGAUCUAUUCUACUUUAAUGUUUAAGUUGGUAAUGGUUUUGUGUUAGAGAGAUGAGAUAUGUUCAGGUGUUUUCUUGUGUUAUUUUGAGAACAGCUUCGUUGGUCUUCCUUCAUGUUAUUUUGACAGUACUUAUGUGAUUGUUUCUCUCUUUAGUCAAUAUGCAGUGAAGAUUACUCAUUACCCACAUCUGUUAUUUUGGGAGCAUCUUUUGUUGUUUUCCCUUAUUUCAAGGAUGUAGUACUUAUAUGAAUUGUGUCUUUCUACUUUAACUAGUACGCAAUGAAAAGUAUGUGUUAUCCCCCCCCACAUUUUAUUUUGGGAGCAUCUUUUGGUUUUUAUUUCUUAUUAUUAUUUUGAGAAUACUUAUCUGAUUGCUAUUUUUCUAAUUUGCUAACAGAGUACUUACAUAUACUUUAAUUAACAUAUAAUGAAAAGUACUUAUUUUCCACCAUGUGUGUUGUUUCAUAAGCUAUUGUUGUUAUUUUUAGUCAUAUUUUGAUAGAAGUUAAGUUAAUUUUUUUCUUUAAUUAAUAUGAAAUCUACUUUAAAUAACAAGAUGAAAAGUACUUAUUUUUUUCCAAUGCAUUAUCUUGAAAGCCAUUCUAGUUGUUUUUGCCUUUGUGUUUUGACAGUACUGAUGUGACCAGUAUUCUAUCAUACCUAACCUAACCUGACCCCUGCCCUAAGUAGCUAUGAUGGCCGGUGCUCAGGUCAUCCCAUGUAUCCCAGUUACCCGAAGAAACUGCUAUGUGGCAAUAGUUAACCUUUUCACUGCUAAUGACACACAGUUCUUGACCCACAAACUGCUAGGGUGUCUUUCCUCUCAUUGUAUUGGUUAGGUACUUGAAAACUCUACAAUCUUUAACUCAUUCCUCGCUUUACACACUAAUAUGACACCUUUCCUUUCAUUCAGUGUAUUGGCUAAGUACUGAAAAAAACUGUUCAUUUUGACUUAUUUUUCCCUUAACCCUCAAACCACUAUGAUGUCUUUCCUUUCAUUCACUAUAUUGGCUGGGUAAUAGAAAGCUCUUAUUCUUUUUAAAUCUUUUCUCCUUUUUUUAAUAAUCAUGAUCUUUACAAUGAAGGGAUUAGCAGUGUAAUUAAUUAAUCAAAACCUAGCCAAAUCUAACCAAAACCUAACUAACCCUAACCUAACAUGACCUAGCCCUUGGAAGGAAACACUACUGUCACUUCAAUAUCAUCCGAGUGUUGCAGUGAAAAGGUUAAUACGUGUUUGCUGCGCCUGACUGACGGCUUGCAAGUACCGAUGACUGUGGCUGUGCUUAGUAAUGGUGGAGAUGUUUAUACGUAUGUUAUAUCCUCAUAUAUCCCACAUCUAUUUUCUGGCUUUUUUAAAUGGGUGAAUAGAGCAAUGUAAGAUGGCUUUUUCAAAUAAAUUUACACAUAAUA